AUGAAACUGUCCACCACACGCUAUGCCGACCUGGAGAAACCGAAGAAGAAAAAGACACUCAGUUCCACGAGUUUAGUUUCGAUACCAAACACGAUAAAGUUAAGCAUGUUAAAUAGCGGUUUACUGUCACUAGAUAAAGUUAAACUGUCAGCGCGAGAUGAGAAAAACCCACUGUCGCAGACGAUGCCAGACAAACCGACUGAACUGCGACACUUUGCCAAGCUGUGCGAGCAGCGGCGGAAGUUCCCGAUACUCUACAAGCUCGAAUUCCAGACGGCUGUGAAGGUUGAAACCAAUUCGUGCAAGCACGCACUACGCAAAGCCAACGCACUCAAGAACCAGAAUCCCAAAUGCAUUCCAUACGAUUACAAUAGGGUCGUUUUAGAAAAGUACGAUAACACACCGGACUCGGACUACGUCAACGCGUCGUAUGUCGAUAGUUUACUCAAACCAAAUGCGUAUAUCGUAACGCAGGGACCAACGGAGGACACGGUGCUAGAUUUUUGGAGGAUGGUUUGGCAAGAGAACUGUAGCUGCAUUGUGAUGCUCACCAAGACGUUCGACUUUACCAAGGUUAUGUGCGUUCAGUACUGGCCACCGAACAAGGAGAAGGAGGAAAUCUACGGCGACAUGCACAUCACGAUACAGUCGGAGGAGGAGCUGGCCAAUUUUCACAUACGGACGUUUAGGCUGUUUAAACUCAACAAAGACAAUGUAGUGGCCGAAGAGCGAUUUUUACUACAGUUCCACUACACCGAAUGGCAUUCACACACCUGCCCUUUUUCCAACGCAAUUCUCGAGUUCCGCCGGCGGGUCAGGUCCGUUGUGGGGACAAUCAUCAAAGCGAACAGCCGGAUCGGCCCGAUGCUGGUGCACUGCAACGAUGGCGGCGGUCGGUCCGGGGUGUACUUGGCCAUCGAUGCCAACAUGGAGCUGGCGGAGGAGGAGGACUCGUUUCACGUGUUCGGCUAUCUGAAGAAGCUGCGCCAGUCUAGGAAAGGCCUUAUUGAAAAUGUGGACCAAUACAAGUUCGUAUACGACACGCUGGAGGAAUUCAUUAUCUGCGGCAAUUCGUGGUUUCCGGUGACGGAGCUGUCGCAGCGGCUGAAGGAGAAGAGCCUCAAAGAUCCGGUCACCAAGAUGAACUCCUAUCAGCGGGAGUACGCCCAGAUCUGCAAGCAGACGCCCCGCUUCACCAUCGGUGACUGUGCCGGAGGCCACCGCGGCGACAAUCGGGAGAAAAACCGCGACGUCCUCUGUGUACCACCUGACAACUUCCGUCCUUACCUUAGCUCGUUUCAGGGAAAUUCAUUUACCGACUACAUUAACGCCGUGUUCGUCGACGGGUACACGAAGCCACGGGAGUACAUCGUCACGGAAUGGCCGCUCCAGAAGACGUGCGGCGAAUUCUGGUCGCUCGUUUACGAUCACGAGUGUUCCGCCGUCGUCGUGCUCUGCCAGCCCCCACACAACUCGCAACAAUAUCCUGCCUUCUGGCCCGAGGGUCGCCACUCGAAAAAGUACGGACCGGUGUUCACCAUCGAUCACAUCUCGCACCAGCACUAUUCCAACAUCAAGUCGUGGAUCUUCCGCAUCAACAAGAAGGUCAUCUCGCUGACGGAGCUGAUGGCGGGCGUGAAGGCACCUCCGAGAACGGUGCAGGUCUUUCAGCUCACCUGCUGGCCUAUGGGACACAAGGUGCCGACGUCCACGAACUCGCUCGUAGAGCUGAUGAAUAUGGUCGAGCGGUGGAGACAGAAAACUGACUACGGUCCCGUCUGCGUGGUGUCACCCGAUGGACGUAGCCGGGCGGGCGUUUACUGUGCUGCCAAUGCUUGCAUCGAGCAGGUGAUCCAACACGGAGAGGUGGACGUGUUCCAGGCCGUCAAAACCGUGCGACGACACCGACCGCAACUCGUGGACAAUAUGACUGAAUACAAAUACUGCUACGACCUGGUGUUGCACUACGUGUUGCACUACCUUAAUAAAGAUUUGAAGGAAAAGAAGUGA